ACUUUUAGCACCCACUGCUAGCACCCACUCUGCGUUUUGCUCUGCUUUGGGCAUAAUUCCUUCCUCUCCUAAGCAGAUAGCUGUUCACCUUAGACCACUCUCGGCCGCUAAUACACCAAGAAGAAACUCAGCCGUGCCAGGCCUAGAAAUGUCCAUCCCCGCCCCCAAGCCCCUAAAGACAGUGACAAGGCCAGAAUUUUCCUGGUUGAUAAAUGAGAGGAGCUGAGGAGCCGCUGUGAUGACGGUUCCGAGAAUCUGAUUUGCGAGAAGGCGAAUCUCCAGAAGCACCAUGGAGAUGCUUUUGGAAAGCGGGCCAGCCUACCUGCAGGCAGGAGGACGAGAGAAAGGGGGCAUGGCAAAGAGCAACGCAUGAGGGAGAUGGCCUGGAGGUGCCCAGAGAGGAACAUUUGAAAAGGAAGUAAAGGCCGCAUCUCCGGAAACCUCAGGGGAGCAGGAAUCCACCCACCACCAUGAGCAGCACUCUGUCGCCCACAGACUUCGACAGCUUGGAGAUCCAGGGCCAGUAUAGCGACAUCAACAACCGCUGGGACCUGCCUGACUCUGAUUGGGACAAUGACAGCAGCUCAGCCCGCCUCUUUGAGAGGUCCAGAAUUAAGGCCCUGGCAGCUGCCUUCAUCAACCCUGCUCAGUAUGCCAGCGUGCUGGAAGGACGCUUCAAACAGCUUCAAGAUGAACGUGAAGCUGUGCAGAAGAAAACCUUCACCAAGUGGGUAAACUCGCACCUGGCCCGGGUGACAUGCCGGGUGGGAGACCUGUACAGCGACCUGCGGGACGGGCGCAACCUCCUGAGGCUCCUGGAGGUGCUCUCAGGAGAGACACUGCCAAAGCCCACAAAAGGCCGCAUGCGAAUUCACUGCCUGGAGAACGUGGACAAGGCACUGCAGUUCCUGAAGGAGCAGAAAGUGCAUUUAGAAAAUAUGGGCUCCCAUGACAUAGUAGAUGGGAACCACCGCCUGACCCUUGGGCUUGUGUGGACCAUCAUUCUUCGAUUCCAGAUCCAAGACAUCAGUGUGGAGACAGAAGACAACAAGGAGAAGAAGUCAGCCAAAGACGCCUUACUGCUGUGGUGUCAGAUGAAGACGGCCGGGUAUCCCAAUGUCAAUGUGCACAACUUCACCACCAGCUGGAGAGAUGGGCUAGCCUUCAACGCCAUUGUACACAAACACCGGCCAGACCUUCUGGAUUUUGAGUCCCUGAAGAAGUGCAAUGCACACUACAAUCUGCAGAAUGCUUUCAAUCUGGCUGAGAAGGAACUAGGCCUAACCAAGCUGCUGGAUCCUGAAGAUGUGAAUGUGGAUCAACCAGAUGAGAAAUCCAUCAUUACCUAUGUGGCCACCUACUAUCAUUAUUUCUCCAAGAUGAAGGCCCUGGCUGUGGAAGGCAAAAGAAUUGGCAAGGUCCUGGACCAUGCCAUGGAAGCAGAUCACCUGGUAGAAAAGUACGAGUCCCUGGCCUCCGAACUGCUACAGUGGAUUGAGCAAACUAUUGUGACCCUCAAUGACCGGCAGCUGGCCAAUUCCCUGAGUGGGGUCCAGAACCAACUGCAGUCCUUCAAUUCCUACCGCACUGUGGAGAAGCCACCCAAGUUCACCGAGAAAGGAAACUUGGAGGUGUUGCUCUUCACCAUCCAGAGCAAGCUGCGGGCCAACAACCAGAAGGUCUAUACACCUCGUGAAGGACGGCUCAUCUCUGACAUUAACAAGGCCUGGGAGCGGCUGGAGAAAGCUGAGCAUGAGCGUGAGCUGGCCCUGCGCACAGAGCUAAUCCGCCAGGAGAAGCUGGAGCAGCUGGCUGCCCGCUUUGACCGCAAGGCCGCCAUGCGAGAGACCUGGCUCAGUGAGAACCAACGCCUUGUGUCCCAGGACAACUUUGGGUUGGAGCUGGCUGCAGUUGAGGCUGCAGUGCGGAAGCAUGAAGCCAUCGAGACAGACAUUGUAGCCUACAGUGGCCGGGUGCAGGCAGUGGAUGCUGUGGCAGCUGAGCUGGCUGCUGAGCACUACCACGACAUCAAGCGCAUCUCUGCGCGCCAACACAAUGUCGCACGGCUCUGGGACUUCCUGCGGCAGAUGGUGGCCGCCCGACGUGAGCGGCUUCUUCUCAACCUGGAGCUUCAGAAGGUGUUUCAGGACCUGCUCUACCUCAUGGACUGGAUGGCAGAGAUGAAGGGCCGACUGCAGUCUCAAGACCUGGGCAAGCACCUGGCUGGAGUGGAGGACCUGCUACAGCUUCAUGAGCUGGUGGAAGCAGACAUUGCUGUACAGGCUGAGAGGGUUCGGGCCGUCAGUGCCUCUGCCUUGCGCUUCUGCGAUCCAGGGAAAGAAUACAGACCAUGUGACCCAGAACUGGUGUCAGAGCGGGUGGCCACCCUGGAGCGGAGCUAUGAGUCCCUGUGUGAGUUGGCAGCUGCUCGGAGGGCCCGUCUAGAAGAGUCACGGCGCCUCUGGAGGUUCCUCUGGGAGGUGGGAGAGGCUGAGGCCUGGGUGCGAGAGCAGCAGCACCUCCUGGCCUCAGCUGACACAGGCCGGGACCUGACGGGCGUCCUCCGCCUGCUGAACAAGCACGCGGCACUGCGGGGUGAGAUGAGUGGCCGACUGGGGCCCCUCAAGCUCACCCUGGAAGAGGGCCAGCAGUUGGUUGCUGAGGGCCACCCUGGAGCCAGCCAGGCUUCAGCCCGUGCAGCAGAGCUCCAGGCUCAGUGGGAGCAGCUGGAAGCCCUGGCUGAGGAGCGAGCCCAGCAGCUCUCUCAAGCUGCCAGCCUCUACCAGUUCCAAGCAGAUGCAAAUGACAUGGAGGCCUGGUUGGUGGAUGCACUCCGCCUGGUGUCCAGCCCUGAGCUAGGACAUGAUGAGUUCUCCACGCAGGCCCUGGCCAGGCAGCACCGGGCCCUCGAAGAGGAGAUCCGAGGCCACCGGCCCACUCUGGAUGCCUUGAGAGAGCAGGCUACCGCCCUACCUCCUGCACUGAGCCACACACCAGAGGUGCAGAGCAGAGUGCCCACUCUGGAGCGGCACUAUGAGGAGCUGCAGGCCCGGGCAGGCGAGCGUGCACGGGCCCUGGAGGCAGCCCUGGCACUCUACACCAUGCUCAGUGAAGCUGGAGCCUGUGGGCUCUGGGUGGAGGAGAAGGAGCAAUGGCUCAAUGGGCUGGCCCUGCCUGAGCGCCUGGAGGACCUGGAGGUGGUGCAGCAGAGGUUUGAGACCUUGGAGCCCGAAAUGAAUGCCCUGGCUGUGCGGAUUACUGCUGUGAACGACAUUGCUGAGCAGUUGCUGAAGGCCAACCCACCAGGCAAGGAUCGCAUCAUCAGCACCCAGAAGCAGCUCAACCACAGGUGGCAGCAGUUCCGGUCCCUGGCAGAUGGCAAAAAGGCAGCUUUGACAUCAGCCCUGAGCAUCCAGAAUUACCACCUCGAGUGCACGGAGACGCAGGCCUGGAUGAGAGAAAAGACCAAAGUCAUUGAGUCCACCCAGGGUCUCGGCAAUGAUCUGGCUGGUGUGCUGGCCCUACAGCGGAAGCUGGCUGGCACUGAGAGGGACCUAGAAGCCAUCUCUGCCCGGGUGGGUGAACUGACCCGAGAGGCAAAUGCCCUGGCUGCCGGUCAUCCAGCCCAAGCUCCUGCCAUCAAUGCCCGGCUUGGAGAGGUGCAAGCUGGCUGGGAGGACCUGCGUACCACCAUGCGGCAGCGGGAGGAGUCCCUGGGUGAAGCGCGGAGGCUACAAGACUUCCUGCGCAGCCUGGAUGACUUCCAGGCCUGGCUAGGCCGCACGCAGACCGCUGUAGCCUCUGAAGAAGGGCCAGCCACCUUACCUGAGGCAGAAGCCCUCUUAGCCCAACAUGCAGCCUUGCGGGGAGAAGUGGAACGGGCCCGGAGCGAGUACAGCCGCCUACGGGCCUUGGGCGAGGAGGUGACAAAGGACCAGGCAGAUCCCCAGUGCCUCUUCCUCAGGCAGCGCCUGGAAGCCCUAGGAACUGGCUGGGAGGAGCUGGGCCGCAUGUGGGAGAGCCGACAAGGUCGCUUGGCCCAGGCCCAUGGCUUCCAGGGUUUCCUGAGAGAUGCUCGUCAGGCCGAGGGCGUGCUUAGCAGCCAGGAGUAUGUCCUGUCUCAUACGGAGAUGCCGAGUACACUCCAGGCUGCGGAUGCUGCCAUUAAAAAGCUGGAAGACUUCAUGAGCACCAUGGAUGCCAAUGGGGAGCGCAUCCGCGGGCUCCUGGAGGCUGCGCGCCAACUAGUGUCAGAAGGCAACAUCCAUGCUGAGAAGAUACAAGAGAAGGCAGAUUCCAUUGAAAAGAGACACAGGAAGAAUCAAGAGGCAGUGCAGCAGCUUUUGGGCAGACUUCGGGAUAACCGAGAACAGCAACACUUCUUGCAAGACUGUCAGGAGCUGAAACUCUGGAUUGAUGAGAAGAUGCUGACAGCCCAGGAUGUGUCCUAUGACGAGGCCCGCAAUCUGCACACCAAGUGGCAGAAGCAUCAAGCAUUCAUGGCUGAGCUGGCAGCCAAUAAGGACUGGCUGGACAAGGUGGACAAGGAAGGACGGGAACUGACUCUUGAGAAGCCAGAGCUGAAAGCUUUGGUGUUGGAGAAGCUGGAGGACCUGCACAGGCGCUGGGAUGAGCUGGAGACCACCACUCAGGCCAAGGCCCGCAGCCUCUUUGAUGCCAACCGUGCUGAGCUGUUUGCCCAAAGCUGCUCUGCCCUGGAGAGCUGGAUGGAGAGCCUGCAGGCCCAGCUACACUCAGAUGACUAUGGCAAGGACCUCACCAGUGUCAACAUUCUACUUAAGAAGCAACAGAUGCUAGAACGGGAGAUGGCUGUGAGAGAGAAGGAGGUGGAGGCAAUCCAGGCCCAAGCUAAGGCCCUGGCCCAGGAAGACCAGAGUGCAGGGGAGGUGGAGAGGACCUCAAGGGCUGUGGAGGAGAAGUUCAGGGCCCUGCACCAACCCAUGAAGGAGCGCUGCCAGCACCUGCAGGCCUCGCGUGAGCAGCACCAGUUCCACCGGGAUGUGGAAGAUGAGAUUUUGUGGGUGACUGAGCGGCUACCCAUGGCCAGCUCCAUGGAACAUGGCAAGGAUCUACCCAGCGUCCAGCUUCUCAUGAAGAAAAACCAGACUCUGCAGAAGGAGAUCCAGGGCCAUGAGCCCCGGAUUGCAGAUCUCAAAGAGAGGCAACGUGCACUGGGAGCAGCAGCAGCAGGUCCGGAGCUGGCUGAACUCCAGGAAAUAUGGAAACGCCUGAGCCAUGAGCUAGAACUUCGGCGGAAGCGACUGGAGGAGGCCCUGAGGGCCCAGCAGUUCUACCGUGAUGCUGCUGAGGCCGAGGCCUGGAUGGGUGAGCAGGAGUUGCACAUGAUGGGUCAAGAGAAAGCCAAGGAUGAGAUAAGUGCCCAGGCAGAGGUGAAGAAGCAUCAGGUAUUGGAGCAAGCCCUGGCAGACUAUGCCCAGACCAUCCACCAGCUAGCCAGCAGCAGUCAAGACAUGAUUGACCAUGACCACCCAGAGAGCACGCGGAUCUCGAUCCGCCAGGCCCAGGUGGACAAGUUGUAUGCCAGCCUGAAGGAGCUGGCAGGAGAGCGGCGUGAGCGCCUGCAGGAGCACCUCCGGCUGUGCCAGCUCCGCCGAGAGCUGGAUGACCUGGAGCAGUGGAUCCAGGAACGUGAAGUGGUGGCAGCCUCUCAUGAGUUGGGCCAGGACUACGAGCAUGUGACUAUGCUCCAGGACAAAUUCCGUGAAUUCUCCCGGGACACCAUCACCAUUGGUCAGGAGCGCGUAGAUGGUGCCAACACGCUGGCCAAUGGGCUCAUUGCAGGGGGCCAUGCUGCAAAGGCCACUGUGGCUGAGUGGAAGGACAGUCUCAACGAGGCCUGGGCUGACCUACUUGAGCUGCUGGACACACGAGGUCAGGUGCUGGCUGCUGCUUACGAGCUGCAGCGCUUCCUGCACGGGGCCCGUCAAGCCCUGGCACGGGUGCAGCACAAGCAGCAGCAGCUUCCAGACGGGACUGGCCGUGACCUCAACGCAGCUGAGGCCCUGCAGCGCCGGCACUGUGCCUAUGAGCACGACAUCCAGGCCCUCAGCACCCAGGUCCAGCAGGUACAGGAUGAUGGCCACCGGCUGCAGAAGGCCUAUGCUGGAGACAAGGCUGAGGAGAUUGGCCACCAUAUGCAGGCAGUGGCUGAGGCCUGGGCCCAGCUUCAGGGAAGCUCUGCCGCCCGCCGCCAGCUGCUAUUGGACACUACAGACAAGUUCCGCUUCUUCAAGGCUGUCCGGGAGUUGAUGCUGUGGAUGGAUGGGAUUAACCUGCAAAUGGAUGCCCAAGAGCGGCCCAGGGAUGUGUCCUCUGCAAAUCUAGUCAUCAAAAACCAACAAGGCAUCAAAGCAGAGAUAGAAGCCAGAGCAGACCGCUUCUCCUCCUGCAUCAAUAUGGGGCAGGAGCUGCUGGCCAGGAGCCACUAUGCAGCUGAGGAGAUCUCAGAGAAGCUGUCUCAGCUGCAGGCCCGGCGCCAGGAGACAGCUGACAAGUGGCAGGAGAAGAUGGACUGGCUUCAGCUUGUUUUGGAAGUGCUCAUAUUUGGGAGAGAUGCAGGGAUGGCAGAGGCCUGGCUGUGCAGCCAAGAGCCGUUGGUGAGAAGUGCAGAGCUGGGUUGCACAGUGGAUGAAGUGGAGAACCUCAUCAAGCGGCAUGAGGCCUUCCAGAAGUCAGCAGUGGCCUGGGAGGAGCGUUUCAGUGCACUGGAGAAGCUCACUGCAUUGGAGGAGCGGGAGAAGGAGCAAAAGAGAAAGAGGGAGGAAGAGGAACGAAGGAAACAGCCUCCUGCUCCAGAGCCAAUUGUCAAUCGGUCUGAAGGGAAUCUGGUGGAUGGCCAAACAGCUCCUGACUCUGCCUUGGAUGGGACCCAGUUGCAAUUGCCACCAUCCACCCAGGCACCUAGUGUUAACGGGGUCUGCACAGACACAGUGUCCUCACAGCCCCUGUUGGAACAACAGAGACUUGAGCAGAGCAGCUUCUCAGAAGGGCCUAGCUCUGGCACAGGAGAUGAGGCCAAUGGGCCACGGGGAGAGCGACAGACCAGGCCUCGGGGCCCAGCUCCUGCAGUGCCCCAGAGUAGAUCGUCUGAGUCAACCCAUGUUGCCACCUUACCCACUCGAGGCCCAGAGCUCUCUGCCCAAGAGCAGAUGGAGGGAAUGCUGUGCCGCAAACAGGAGAUGGAGGUUUUCGGCAAGAAGGCCGCCAACAGGUCCUGGCAGAAUGUGUACUGUGUUCUGCGACGUGGGAGCCUUGGCUUUUACAAGGAUGCCAAGGCAGCCAGUGCAGGAAUGCCAUACCAUGGAGAAGUGCCUGUCAGCCUGGCCAGGGCCCAGGGCAGUGUGGCUUUUGAUUAUCGGAAGCGCAAACAUGUCUUCAAGCUGGGCUUACCAGAUGGAAAAGAGUAUUUAUUCCAGGCCAAGGAUGAGGCAGAGAUGAGUUCCUGGCUGCGGGUGGUGAAUGCAGCCAUUGCCACUGCAUCCUCUGCUUCUGGAGAGCCAGAAGAGCCAGCAGUACCCAGUGCUACCCGGGGAAUGACCCGGGCCAUGACCAUGCCCCCAGUGUCACAGCCUGAGGGGUCUGUCAUAUUGCGCAGCAAGGAUGGCAGAGAACGAGAACGAGAAAAAAGGUUCAGCUUCUUCAAGAAGAACAAGUAGUUGGUGGGGGGGCAAGACUCCAGGCCAGCUCCCUCUCUGUUUAGGAAACUGCCAGGGUCUGUCAACAGAGACACCCUCUUUGUCAGGACAACUGCCUGCUGCUAGGGUCUGUUGCCAAGGUCAGCCCAUCACCAAGAACUGUCACUGGGAACAAACCAGUGUUCCCAAGAACAACUUUCUCUUCUGCUGUUAAUUCCAGAUUGGUGGUGGGACUCAGGCAACUCCCAAUACCACUCCCUCCCCAAAUCUGUUCCAUACUCCCCAGCCUUAUGCCUCCAUCUCCCACUAUGGUGCAGAUAGUGUCACCCUCAACAUGGGCCCUGUGGGAACCACUGUCCCUGUCUCAGGGUCAUUGUGCUACCACAGCUAGGGUGUUUCAUUCGCCAUCCAGUUCUUUGUCCCUGGGGACCAGCCAGGACCCUCUUAGAGCUGAAGCAGGACCCAGGGACAGGAAUGCCAGAUGAUGGGAGUCGGAGGUGCUGAAGCCCCUGCCAAUCCUGCCUCACCCUCUGGCUUGAGUGGCUGCUCCGUCUCUAGCAGCUCUUAGUGGCACCCAGGUGUGAGGAGUUGUUCAGGGGCAGCCACAGCCUUGAGUCUGGCUAAGGAGGUGAUUAAAUAGCUUAGCUUCUCUCUCUGACUCUUGGUGUUGUUGCUUUCCUGACCAUAGCCUCUCUGCCUAAGCCCCUCUUCUUCCCUUUGGCUCUGGUCUCCUGUGUGCCUGGUUUCUACUCUAUCCAGCCUCCAAACCCUCAAAGAACUGUGUGAUUAUAAGAGCCUUCCUAUCUCAAUCUCCCCAUAGUAAUGACAUCUGGUUUGCAGAAUAUUGACCUAUGCUAAGCCUCUUUUUAGACCAAAGACAUUCACUGUGGGUCAUAUUGAUGUUAAACAACAGUGUUCAUGUUGAGAGGCAGCAAGUUACCCUUUUGCUGCAGCACAAUUUUCUUUACCAUUUUUUUUUUUCAGUGCUAGGGAUGGGACCCCAGGUCUUGUGCAUGCUAGGCAAGCAUACUACCACUGAGUUUUGCCCCCAUCUCCCACAACUUUCUUUACUUGUGUUUCAGCUGUUUUCAGUCAUGAACAGUAGGAAACAUUGCCACAACCUAGUCUCAGCUACUCCUCAGCCAACAAUGGAGCAUUGAGCACCCUACUUUCUAGCUCCUCGUCAGAUUCAGGGGAGCUUACAUGGGAAUCAAAGGAGUGACAGAUUCUAGAACUCUAGAAUGAUGUUACUUUAGGAAGCCAUGAGCUGCAACCUGACCAUGUAAAAUAAACACAGAAUAUUCUAGAUGGAAAUAUUUUUAAAAUGUUAAAACUGGAGGAUUCAUGUCUGUUUGACUCCAGAUGAAGGAGGUGACUACUCCUUGGUGACUCCCUCUCCCCACAUAAAAAACUGUGUUCCUGCAUUAUUUUCUCUACACAACCAUCUUUCCAGUAAACCUACCAAUAUCUUUAGCAUAAAUGGCCAAAGGCCAUGAGCUGAAGACCCCUGACUACCAUUAGUCAAGACAAAAACAACCAGUCAGGUGUGUGCCGGCCAAGGACUAGCACAGCAGGCCCUGGAAUGAGCUCCAGACAUGAGAUUUGGCAGAACAGAUCACCCAUGGGAUAAUUACCCCUUUCUCCUAAGAUGGGCAGAUUACGUACUCCACAGUACCAGUGCAUGAAUACAACAGUCCAUCUCGAGACUAAACAGACAUGACACAGAUACCUUCUCAGUACAGCUGGGGAAAGGAGGAGACAGUCAUUGUGGAGUGCUCAUGGAAGCUGGGCAUUUGCACCCUGAGGUGGCAAACCUGCAAGCCUGGUGUAAUGAUGAGACAGUUUAGAAGGAAAUACAGUAUGUGUGUGAGAGGACUUAGCAGAUUUGAUCAAUUUAAGAGCUAAAGAGCAAAUAGGGCCACCAACUGCAGUAGAAUAGCCAUUGUGAAUGGGAAGGUAAGAGAGGAGAUGUGAGGAUCAUCUCCACGCAUGGCAGCUAAUGCUGUUUCAAAACACGAUUCCAUAAGGACAGAAUGGAGAUAGAGGAGAGGCAUGGGGCUAGGAAGUAAGAUGGGGAGAGAUGCUUUCAGAUGUGGGUGGGAAAGAGAACAAGAUCCAGGAAAGAUGACAGAAUGGGACAGUGAAUGGCAUGAAAACCCCAUCAGUGCAGGUGCUGCAAAUCAGUGGGGAAAUAUGAACAGAAAAUGAAUAAAUUACAAGCUGGGCAUAGUGGCUUACACCUAAAAGUCCAGCACUUGGGAGACUGAGACAGGUAGAGAGACAUGAGGUCAAGGCCAGUUUAGUCUACAUAGUGAAUUCAGAACAACCUGGGUUACAGAGUGAGAGCCUAUCUCAAAAAAGAUAGCUUAUGUAGAGAUGAAUAUGUUUACAUUCUUAUUUAACACCAAUGAUAAGUGUGAGUUCAUCCUAUGUGGUCCAACAUGGUAGCCACUAGUCAAAUGUGGCUGCUGAGCACUUGAAGUACAGCAAGUCUAACUAAGAUGUGCUGCAAGUAUAAAAUGCUGAAUUUCAAAGACUUCAGAGGGAAAAAAUAAGAUCUCAACUUUUAUAUUGAUUAUGUAUUGAAAUGAUGUCAAAAGUAUUAAAGUGAAUUUCAAACUUU